UUAGUACGCUUAUGUCACGUCUCAAAGAAAAAAAAAAGUGUCAACUGAAGCGGUAACUGCAAUCUGGACCUACAUCCAGUCGCCUGAGUCGGGCCUCAUUGCUAGUUUGCUACUAGCCUACUACCACUGCUCUUGCAAAAAGUGUGAUUCUCCACCCUUAACAAUCUUCAGUUUCGCGCAUAUGCUUGGUUUACAAUUUCAUCAAAUAAAUGGCUUCUGCCCUUUUCUCCAGAACCUUCUUCAGUAAUCGCUUCCUCCAUUCUUCUUCCCGCUCUCUUUUCCUUAAUCCUCAAUUCUUCCAUUCAAGGGCUUUUGGUUUGAGGUCUAAGGAGUUAGAUUGCUGCAAUUUGGUUCAGAGAACUUGUUGGGUUCGUUGCGUAGGACCGUGGACAAACUCUUCCGCGAAAUCUUAUUGUACACAGGCCAUGUCUACCAGUGAACCCGUGGUUUCUAUUGAGUGGCUUCAUGCUAAUCUCAGGCAACCAGGAAUAAAGGUGGUGGAUGCAUCUUGGUACAUGCCUGAUGAGCAAAGGAAUCCAAUCCAGGAGUAUCAGGUCGCACAUAUUCCUGGUGCUCUUUUCUUUGAUGUCGAUGGCAUUGCAGAUCGGACUACGAAUCUGCCACACAUGUUGCCUUCUGAAGAAGCUUUUUCUGCUGCUGUUUCAGCACUUGGCAUAGAAAAUAAAGAUGGAGUUAUUGUCUAUGAUGGAAAGGGUAUAUUUAGUGCAGCUCGUGUUUGGUGGAUGUUUCGAGUAUUUGGGCAUGACAGAAUUUGGGUGUUGGAUGGAGGUCUGCCUAGGUGGCGUGCAUCAGGAUAUGAUGUUGAAUCAAGUGCUUCUAGUGAUGCUAUUCUAAAAGCCAGUGCUGCCAGUGAGGCCAUUGAAAAAGUUUAUCAAGGACAACAGGCUGGGCCAAUCACAUUUCAGACGGCAUUCCAGCCUCAUCUUGUGUGGACGCUUGAUCAGGUGAGGAAUAAUAUUGAGCAGAAGACACAUCAGCUUGUCGAUGCACGAUCAAAGGCGAGGUUUGAUGGAACUGCACCUGAACCACGAAAGGGGAUAAGGAGUGGUCAUGUGCCAGGAAGCAAGUGUGUUCCAUUCCCCAAGGUGUUGGCUUCAUCAGGAACCCUGUUAUCAGGAGACGAGCUGAAGGAAAAAUUUGAGCAGGAAGGCAUCUCAUUGGAUCAACCCAUUGUGACAUCUUGUGGUACUGGCGUAACUGCUUGUGUCCUCGCAUUGGGUUUGCAUCGACUUGGGAAGAACGAUGUUGCUGUUUAUGAUGGCUCAUGGACAGAAUGGGGUGGGAAACCUGACACCCCUGUUGAGGCUUCAGCUUCGGCUUCUUGAGUGUCUGGAAGAUUCUCAAAAGUUUGUAUCUAAAAACUUGCUGAUCAUCUAAUUGUUGAACUUUAUCCACACCCUUUUAGAUGUUUUCAUGAUAUAGAAUAUACUUUUUGUAACUCAUUUUUUUUUUUUUUUGCACAAAAUGGGUAAUGGACUUACAUAAUAAAGUUGGCUGGUGAGAGCCAGAUAGUUAUGUGAGCCAAAAUGGGUAAGUAACUCUAUUUUUGGCAGGGGGCAAGGAGAAUUGUUCCCCAAUAUCUUAUGUGCUCCUCCUUUCGCUGCUCA